CGCUCUUCGCCCCAACUCCGGCCGCCAUCAUGUCUGCUACAACUCCUGAGACUGCAAAUUCAGCUGUCUCCAGGGAGGCCAGUACCCAGUCUUCAUCAGCAGCCACCAGUCAAGGAUAUGUUUUGCCAGAAGGCAAAAUCAUGCCAAACACCGUUUUUGUUGGUGGAAUUGAUGUUAGGAUGGAUGAAACCGAAAUCAGAAGUUUCUUUGCCAGAUACGGCUCAGUAAAAGAAGUGAAGAUAAUCACUGAUCGAACUGGUGUGUCGAAGGGCUAUGGAUUUGUUUCAUUUUAUAAUGACGUGGAUGUACAGAAGAUAGUAGAAUCACAGAUAAAUUUCCAUGGUAAAAAGCUGAAACUAGGCCCUGCAAUCAGGAAACAAAAUUUAUGUGCUUAUCAUGUGCAGCCACGUCCUUUGAUUUUUAAUCCUCCUCCACCACCACAGUUUCCGAGUGUUUGGAGUAGUCCAAAUGCUGAGACAUACAUGCAGCCUCCAACCAUGAUGAAUCCUAUAACUCAGUAUGUUCAGGCAUACCCUCCUUAUCCAAGUUCACCAGUUCAGGUCAUCACUGGAUAUCAGCUGCCUGUUUAUAAUUAUCAGAUGCCACCGCAGUGGCCGGCUGGGGAACAGAGGAGUUAUGUUAUACCUCCGGCUUAUACAACUGUUAACUACCACUGCAGUGAAGUUGAUUCAGGAGCUGACGUUUUGCCAAAUGAAUGUUCAGUUCAUGAAGCUACACCAGCCUCUGGAAAUGGCCCACAAAAGAAGUCUGUGGACCGAAGCAUACAGACAGUGGUCUCUUGUCUAUUUAACCCUGAGAACAGACUGAGAAACUCUCUUGUUACUCAAGAUGAUUACUUCAAGGAUAAAAGAGUGCAUCACUUUAGAAGAAGCCGGGCAGUGCUUAAAUCUGAUCAUCUCUGCUAACUUUCUAGUCUCAUGAGGAUGUUGGUGUUGAGUAUUAAGAGACAGAAAGGUUUUCACUAUUGCAGAAAUUUUGACAAAUCACACUCAGACUUUCUAUACAAGUUAGAUUAGAUUGCCUAGUUUUAUGUUGAAUCUGUUCAUUAGAUGUUUAUAUAGAAACUGUUUUGUGUUCACUAUAUAGUUGAAAAAAAUAAUUGCAAGUAAAAAAGGACAAAAAAUAAUUUUCAAAUAAUUGAAAAAUAGCUAAAAGGAAUAACUUUUAAGACUUAAGGACUUUUAAUU